GCGUGUCUCACGAUGACCCCGGCUUGCGAUAGCAUUGUUUCACUUUGUUUGCCUCUGCUGCUGCUAACGCAACUAGCUUCUACCUACUUGCCAUGCAGGUGCAUUAAACGUGAGCAUCCUAAGUGUCAUUAGAAUAGACAUGCAGCUACGUUUGCUAUGUUUCGACUUUUUAUCAAGGAAUUAGCCCGUCCGCUACAUUUCGGUUCCGCUGAGGAGCGAAAGAGCCCACAAAGCGUUAGCUCCUUGUUAGCUUGCUAAGUUAGCGACGCUUGCUGAAAGGAAGGAAGGAAUGAACCACAAGAGCAAGAAGAGGAUUAAAGAGGCCAAACGGAGUGCCAGGCCGGAGUUGAAGGACUCUUUAGACUGGAUCAAGCACGCUUAUCAUGACACUUUCAACGUGUCGCACAGCUCUGUCAAGGACAAUGUGGAACGAGUGGACGCGCAACGUCUGAGUCCCGAACAGUUCAUCGAGCGCUUCGAGAGGCCCUACAAGCCCGUGGUACUGCUCCACUGUCAGGAGUCGUGGCCCGCGCGGCAAAAAUGGACCUUGGAGCGGCUCAAGCGCAAGUACCGCAACCAGAAGUUCAAAUGCGGUGAAGACAACGACGGCUAUUCGGUUAAGAUGAAGAUGAAGUACUACGUGGAUUACUUGGAGAGCACGCGCGACGACAGCCCGUUGUACAUCUUCGACAGUAGCUACGGCGAGCACGCCAAACGACGAAAACUGCUGCAAGACUACCAGGUGCCCGUCUUCUUCACAGACGACCUCUUUCAGUUCGCUGGAGAAAAGCGGCGGCCGCCCUACAGGUGGUUUGUGAUGGGCCCCGCUCGCUCCGGCACCGGCAUCCACAUCGACCCUCUGGGCACCAGCGCCUGGAAUGCGCUGGUCCACGGCCAUAAGAGGUGGUGCUUGUUUCCUACCAACACGCCCCGAGACCUCAUCAAAGUCACACGUGAGGACGGAGGCAACCAGCAGGACGAGGCCAUCACCUGGUUUAACGUGGUCUACCCUCGCACGCAGCAGCCUGGCUGGCCUCCCGAGUUCCGACCGCUUGAGAUCCUGCAGAGACCCGGAGAGACCGUCUUUGUGCCGGGCGGCUGGUGGCACGUGGUGCUCAACCUGGACACGACCAUCGCCGUCACGCAGAACUUUGCCAGCACCACCAACUUCCCCAUCGUGUGGCAUAAAACUGUACGAGGGCGCCCCAAGCUGUCCAGGAAGUGGUACCGGAUUCUGAAGCAGGAGCGACCCGACCUGGCGGCGCUGGCAGACAGAGUGGACCUGCAGGAGUCGACGGGCAUCGCAUCCGACAGCUCCAGCGAUUCAUCCUCAUCCUCGUCGAGCUCGUCCGACUCCAACUCCGACGCCGAGUCGUGUUCGGAAGGCGAUGCGGCGUCCCACCGCAGGAAGAAGAGACGCACGUGCGGCACAACGGCUAACGGGGACGCCCGUGGUCACGAUGACUGCCUCAGUAAAGAGAGGAGCUCAUCGCGAUGAUGACACAAUCGACGCACCUUCUUUUUUUUGUUUUUAAUUUUGACCGUAAAGAUGUCCAGGAAGCACAUGUGCCUUGUCAAACAUCAUUUGUGUUGAUCAAUAAAAUGUUUUGUAAGAUUGAAA